CUUCGAUCGAGGUUAGAAGUGCUGAUCAGAAUUCAGAAGGAUUAUAAGCUAGGACACAGCACAAGACGGUGUCAAAGACCUCAUUACGAAGGCGCUUCCCGAGAAAGCUGCAUGAAGUAUUAGACCAAGUCAUGAGGGGCUCAACAACAGCAACAGCGAUGGCAUUCAGCUUGCCUGAACUUGUCCUUGGUAUUUUGCGACAUCUGCCGCAAAGGAGCGACGUGCUCAACGCCGCCUGCGUCAAUCAGGUAUUCAGGGAUGUGGCCGUCGGCAGAAUGCUGCGCAAGACCCAAUUAAGGGCUCGCGUGACGCACAAGAAGCUGUGGAGGUAUCUGAUCGCCAACCCGGAAGGCGCAAAACUGAUCACUCGUCUAGACAUUACCCGAGGCUGGCCGGACGUGCACAGCGAUGGACAGGAGUGGGAGGCCAGAUUGGAUCCGGCCGUUGCGGAGGUCGUGCCGCUCGGCUUCGAGAGGCCGGCCGAUGAGGGCACCUUCCGAUGGCCCAAUUCAAUCCCAAGUGCGAGUGAACGAGCCGAUCACAGCGAAAAUGUCCCAGAACAAGAAGCAGCUCUGGAUGCGCAAGUGCAGGAUGUCUCUGAAGGCGAGCAUCUCCUCGUCUCUGCUCUCGGCAAUCUGACAUCACUGGAGACUUUUGUGUGGGAUUCUGCGCCGCCUUGUCAGCCUUCUGGUCCCGAAUCACGAGCAGAUGUUUGGGGCGCGCUGCGCGCAUCUUGUCCCAAUCUUCGGCGAUUGUAUGUCAACGACUACAGUGGUGGCUCGCCGUAUCAGCCGAAGCCAGCCAGACAAAGCGCAUUCGAAGAGGAGACUGCACGCUUGAAACGAAGGCAUCCCCCCAUUUGGGGUCCGCAGUUCAAAUGCCGAUUCUGCAGUUCUUUGACAACGUGUCAGGCUUGACACACUUCAGCUUCACGACCUGGGCCUUUUGGGCUGACGAGGAUGCUGUAGAAGGCU